AUGGGGGGCAAUCACCACGAACCUCUAGGGGCUAUGGGCCCUGUUGAGUGGGAACAGGUGCCCCAAGACGACGACCUUGAAGAGUUCCUGGCCGGUGUUCUUUCCGAGACGCAGACCGUGGUCGAAUCUAUUCCAGUGCCAGCCAAGAAGGACCCUUCAAGCUCUGCAGGACGAGCUCGAUCCAAGACGGAGUCGGCGGCUUCAGCUCCCGAUAUCAAACGUGCUCUGACCCUGCGGCAGAAAGCUGAAGCCAUCGGCCAGGCGCAAGACCUGCAGAAGGAGUGGAAGGAGAUCAAAGUCAGCGCGAAAGAGAACCCUCUCGGGAUCAACGUCUAUAAGCUGAGCGCCAAAGAUGGACGCGGCGCAUGGUUCGCUCGCCGGAGUGUACACGAAGGGCUGUCCUUUGACGACUGGAAGAAGGGCCUUUCUGUUGAGUUUUCAGAGACGAUGAAGGUCCAAGGUGUUCCUGGAAGUGGCAAUAUCCGUGGUAUCGGCGCCGACAAGCGCGUGGAGGACAAGCAGAUCGGUGAUCAUGGCCAACUGCAAGUUUUUCAACUUUCUGCCCAGUUCCCUGGUCCGACCGCCCCGCGAGACUUCGUGACUCUUCUCCUAACUUCCGAGACCUCCGUGAAACCCGCCCAAGGAUCCCGGCCCCUCCGACAGUACAUGAUAGUUUCAAAACCUUGCGAGCACCCCGAGUGUCCUCCCCGCCAGGGCAUUAUCCGUGGCUACUACGAAUCAGUCGAAGUCAUCCGCGAAGUCCCAGUCGACAACUUUACUUCUAAGAGAUCCUUGUCGUCGGCCGAUCUCCUGGAUCGAGACGAGGGUAGGAUAGCAAGCCCCAAACCUGGCAGCGAGGGCCACGGUUCAAUGCCACUCGACGAACCUGCCACGGCUGUCGAAUGGCUCAUGGUAACUCGUAGUGACCCUGGCGGCAGCGUCCCGCGCUUUCUUAUCGAGAAGGGAACACCACCAGGCAUCGUGGGUGAUGCUGGAAAGUUCCUUAAGUGGGUGACGUCGAAGGCUAUGCAUGGAUUUGCUGAGCCGGAAGAGACUGGAGAAGCAAAUGAUACUAGUGACGCCGCUGAAGCAUCUGCCACUCACGAGGCAAAGUCCACGGCUGCACCGAACCCUACUGCUAAUCUUGAAAGUACCAAGGCUGACGCUGUCAUAUCUACAAAUCAAGACGGCCCUUUCCCGGGCAGCAAUGGGCUGUAUGGUGUCAUAGCUGGUGCCAUAGGAGCUGCCAGUUCCUAUAUUCCUGCAAGCCUGCUCAAGACCUGGGGAACUGGUUCCGAUUUUGUGUCCACCGAUGGGAGUGUUUCUGACGCUCAGGCGAUUGCUGAGGAGCAACAUGAUGACGACAGCGACACCUCCUCCAUCCGAAGCUUUGCCUCAGCCCUUGAGAAGAGUGUGACUGCCGAGAACAAAUCCCCCGAUAGUCUCGUUGAGUCCCAAUCGGAGACUUCACGUUCCAACCCGCAGCAAUCACAGCGGUCACUAGCGGAUAAGGAACUUAAGAAGCUGGAACAAAAGAAGAAGAAGCUCGAUGAGAAGAUGGCUCGUCUAGAGGAGCGGCGACAGAGCAAGCUUCUUGGGGACAAGGAGAAGGACGCUGCUACACUGGCAAAGUUGCGUGAGAAGCAUGAAAAGGAGGUGGCUAAGCAGGAGGAAAAGUAUCGUCGCGAGAUGCGCAAGCUCGAGGAGAAACGUGAGCGGGACCAGCGUAAGGCUGAGGAGCGGCGUCGCAAAGCAGCCGAGCAGGAAGAGAAGAACAACCUCUCACUUGAACUUGAGCGUGUUCGUGCAGAACGAGAUGUUGCUCGUCGCCAGAUCGAGCUCCUUGAAGGGCAGGUUGGCGAGUUGCAGGCACAGAAUACCAUGCUUGUCCGCAAGCUUGGUAAGAAUGGACUGCUGGACGGUCCGGGCUCUCCGUCACCGUCCAUUAAAAGCAUUCAGAGAGCCCAGACAGAUGUUUGA